GCGCCCGCCCAGCGGGGGUCACGUGGCCGGUCCAAGAUGGCGGCGCCCGGUGCGACCUUCUGCCGCCUACUGCCGCUGAGCCGCUUGCUGCCGUCCCGCCCGGUGACGGUGGUUGCUGCCUCUGUUCGCCCCUACGGUGUGCAGGUCUCCGGUACCGGCGAGCUGGUGACGCACACGGGGCAGGUAUAUGAAGAAAAAGAUUAUAGAAGAGUAAGAUUUGUUGGACGACAAAAGGAGGUGAACAAGAACUUUGCAAUUGAUUUGAUAGCAGAACAGCCUGUGAGUGAAGUUGAAAGUAGAGUGGUAUCAUGCGACGGUGGUGGUGGAGCUUUGGGACAUCCUAAAGUAUACAUAAACUUGGACAAAGAUACAAAGACUGGAACAUGUGGCUACUGUGGACUUCAGUUUAAACAAAAACAUCACUGAGAUUAUCCCUGCAUGCUUGCAGAUUUCUGUUCAGAUAUUAAUGUUUAACUAUAAAUAAACAAUAUAUUUAGAAAUCAAA